AUGACCCCACACCUGAGCGUAUUUGCCAUCGCGUCUGGCGUCUUUGUUUUUUGCUUAUCGAGGAUAUGGCGCAUCAGCAAGCGAGAGAAAGGUUUGCCGCCCGGGCCACCAACAAGAUUUAUCUUUGGAAACGUUACUGAUUUCCCUAAGGCUUUUCAGCGUGACCAGUCUGCUCAGACAUAUGGCGAUGUGUACUCGCUUCAAGUCUUCAAUUCCACCUUCGUAAUUAUGGCGAGCGCUGCCGCGGUCAAGGCUAUCAUGGACAAGCAGGGGCAAUGCACGGGCAAUCGCUUAAAGACUUUUAUGGCAACAAGAAUAUUAGGACAGCACCUCAUAACCGAGAAUACGGACUCCCGACUGUGGAAGACUGGCCGUAAAGCAGUCCGUAUGUUCCUCGAUUCGGACACCACUCUCGCUCGCUCCCCCGCUUAUCAAGCUGAGUUCGCCCAGUUCCUAGUCGACAUCCUCGACUCUCCUCAAAACUUAUUUUCCCAUACCAAGCGUACAUCAGUGUCGUUAACGACAUCUUUUGUUUACGGGAAAAGGUUAACGGUGUACGAAGGCUCAGAAGCUGAGAAAUUCUUUGAAGCAGUUCAGCUACUGAAUGAUACAUUGAAUCCCGCCAACCAUCCACCGAUCGACCUCCUCCCGGUGCUACAACAUGUACCGGCGAGAUGGACAUCGUGGAAAGGGCGCUGCGAACGAGUCAAAGCAGAGCGCAAUGAUCUAUACGGAGGAUUGUUCCGAGGAUGUACAGAAUCCCUCACAUCUGAGACCUCCUCUAGUUCGUUCGUUGGGUGCAUGCUCAAGAAUCUAGACAAGCUAAAUAUGACCGUGAACGACGCCAGAUCGAUUGCCGAUGCUUUCAUGGAUGCUGGUGGUGAUACGUCCGCUGUGUUUAUCCUGAUAUUCAUACUGGCCGUAAUGAACAAUCCAUCUUGUCAAGCGAGGGCGCAAGCUGAAUUAGACCUACUCGUUGGUGGAGACAGGAUGCCAACGUUGGAUGAUUUGCCUAGCCUACCCUAUAUCAACGCGGUUAUCAAAGAGGUCCAUCGAAUCUGCCCGGUCGUUCCGUUUGGAUUACCACAUCAGAGCGCUCACGACUUACAGUAUAAAGAUUACAUCAUCCCUAACGGCACUGUAUUAGUCGUUAACCUUUGGGAAAUAUAUCAUGACCCACGGCUAUUCGAAGACCCGGAGUCGUUCAAACCGGAACGCUAUUUAAACUCUCAAUUCGGGUUCAGGGAAGAUAUCGAGAUAGAUAUUGAUACUGAUGGUUUCCGUGAUAACUUGUCCUUCGGUGCUGGAAGACGUAUCUGUCCUGGUGAAUCCAUCGCGAUGGCGACAAUUAGUGCCAACGUCAUGAAUCUACUAUGGACCUUUACGUUUUCUAGGGAUGAAUCGGGCACAGGAAACAUAGGUAUUGACGCGUUUGAGCCCGUUCAGAUUGGUGUUUCAUUCAAACCGAGACCAUUUACCUGCAACGUAGUCGUCCGAGAUGAUAAGAGGCAGGCAAUCAUCAGAGAUCUUCAUGCCCAUAUGUGUGCAUUUUCAGCGUAA